AUGACGGACAACACGCCAGAUAUAGCGUACCAGAGCAUCGCUAAAUGCUACGCAGAUGCCAACACCAAGUUACCCAGCAGUUAUUGGGAUUACGAUGCACUGCAAGUACAGUGGGGUGAGCAAGACAAUUACGAGAUUGUUCGCAAAUUAGGUCGCGGUAAAUAUUCAGAAGUGUUUGAAGGCGUGGACGUGGAGAAGGAUGAAAAGGUGGUGAUCAAGGUAUUGAAACCAGUCAAGAAGAAAAAGAUCAAGCGUGAGAUAAAGAUCCUGCAAAAUUUGGCUGGUGGUAUCAAUGUGAUUGAGCUGUUGGAUGUUGUCAGAGACCCUCAGUCGAAAACACCGGCGUUGAUCUUUGAAUACAUCAACAAUACAGAUUUCAAGACACUGUAUCCAAGAUUCACAGACUAUGAUGUGCGAUUCUACAUGUAUGAGCUACUCAAGGCAUUGGAUUUUUGUCAUUCAAAGGGCAUUAUGCAUCGAGAUGUUAAACCACACAAUGUCAUGAUUGAUCAUGAAAAGAAGCAGCUGCGACUGAUUGAUUGGGGUUUAGCAGAGUUUUACCAUCCAGGAACAGAGUACAAUGUGCGAGUCGCAUCCCGCUAUUUUAAAGGGCCAGAACUGCUGGUAGAUUUUCAAGAAUACGACUACAGUUUGGAUUUGUGGAGUUUUGGAUGUAUGCUUGCAAGCAUGAUUUUCAGAAAGGAGCCCUUUUUCCAUGGGCACGACAACUAUGACCAACUCGUCAAGAUUGCCAAAGUUUUGGGCACGGAUGACUUGUUUGCUUACUUGGAUAAAUAUGGCAUCAAGCUGGAUAAACAAUACCAUGACAUUUUAGGACGCUAUCCCAAAAAGCAGUGGCAAAAGUUCAUCAAUAACGAGAAUCGACGCUACAUUUCCAACGAGGCUUUUGAUUUCUUGGACCAUUUGCUGCUUUAUGACCAUCAGGAGCGAUACACUGCAAAAGAAGCAAUGGCGCAUGCAUAUUUUGAUAUGAUUCGGGUAAAGCAACAUUUGAGCUGA